UUCCUGUAAAUGGUGAGGCUGAGGGGUAUAUAAGCCGGGAGCCGGGGCAGAGCCGCUCACACCUCGACUAACUCCUUCGCUUUUUCACUCGCCUUAGACGAGCGCAAGCUUUACUCAGAAGCAGAGAAAUGGCCGUUGCCAGUAUGCUCGCCGCAGCUGAUGUGGAUGCUGCCAUCGCCGCCUGCCAGGCUGCCGACUCCUUCGACUACAAGUCCUUCUUCGCCAAGGUCGGCCUGUCAGCCAAGUCCGCCGACGAUGUCAAGAAGGCUUUCUUCAUCAUUGACCAGGACAACAGUGGCUUCAUUGAGGAGGAGGAGCUGAAGCUGUUCCUGCAGAACUUCAAGGCUGGCGCCAGGGCGCUGACCGACAAAGAGACCAAGACCUUCCUUGCUGCUGGUGACAAAGACGGUGACGGCAUGCUUGGAGUCGACGAGUUUGCUGCUCUUGUAAAGGCUUAAAUUGUCGUCUGACCAAGACCCUUCCAUAUUCAAGGAACCAGAACUCACGACAGCUCACAACUUUCUCAGCUGAAACUUUUUUAUAUGAUCUUAUUUAUGACUGACUUUGGACAGUUUACUCAGUUUCGAGUACGUGUCUGGAUAAGGGUAUUUGUAUGCGUAAGUUGGAUGUUUUAUUUCAAGCCCAUUGGCCUGUGCAAAUGUACAAUCUUGAAUGCACUUCUGGGGAAGAGUGAAAAACAAGGAAUAAACAUAGUUUUGGUGUAA